AUGGAUAUGCUGUUUGCUUUACAUACAUACCUUUGGCCUAUAUUUAUUGCUGCUGCUGUUUUCCUUUUGAUUUGGAAGAGUCGCAGUAAAGAAUAUGAGCAUAAGUUUGGACGGCUGCCUCCAGGUCCUGCUCCUGCACCAGUGGUUGGGAAUUUCUUUCAGGUUCAUGUAAAGGAACCGUACAAGUAUUACCUUGAGCUCAGUAAAAAACAUGGAUGCAUUUUCACCCUUUGGUUUGCUAAAACACCUGUUGUGGUGAUCUCUGGAUACCGAGCCCUGAAAGAGACCAUGAUUGGUAUGGGUAAUGAGUUUAGUGGAAGGGCAAAUUACCCCCUAUUAAUGAAGAUCACUAAUGGAUAUGGUGUUUUGGUAAGCAGUGGGGAAAGAUGGAAGCAGCUUCGGCGGUUCACUCUGUUUACCAUGAAGAACUUUGGAAUGGGUCGGCACACCAUCGAGGAUAAGGUGAAGGAGGAGGCCAGCUGUCUCGUACAAAGUUUUAGUACAUUCGGAGACUCUGCUUUCAAUCCAAGAAACAUGCUAAAUAGAGCAGUGUGCAAUGUAAUCUGUUCACUCAUAUUUGGCCAGAGAUUUGAAUCUGAUGACCCACAGUUAAAUCUUAUGCUCGAAGCUGUGAAUGACUACUUCAAGGUUCUCUGUAGUCCACGUGGACAG